AUGUUAUAACAAAAAUCACAGCAUCUUUUUUGUACCAAAAAACAAAUUCACAGUAUCACCACGAUACUCACAUUACGCUCAAGUACAAAUCCUGCGUUCGUUCUGUUAUAAGCGCCGCCGUAGUGAUGGAGGAAACAACCGCCUCCACCAGAACCCUAACACCGGCAACCUGCAUUCCAUUCGAUCUCGCAGCUGAAAUCAUCUCUAGACUCCCCGUCAAAUGCGUCCUACGAUUCCGCUGUGUAUGCAAUUCAUGGAAUUCUCUAAUCUCAACCGAUCCCAAAUUCGCCAAAAAACACCUUCACGAAUCAACCAAUCGCCACCACCUCAUAACAACCACAUGCAUCCCCUCAAAAAAAUUCACAGUAAUCUCUUACCCACUCCACUCUCCCAAUUUCAACUCAAUUUUCACCGAUAAUGCCACCGAAUACCAGUAUUCUCCCAUUAAUCGUAACUAUUACGAUCGCCUCGUUGCUUCUUGCGACGGUAUAAUUUGUUUCGCAAUCAAUCCUAAUCUAGCUCUUCUUUGGAACCCUUCCAUGAGAAUAUUGAAGCAAUUACCCGCUUUAGAUACUCCUAAAGAAGGAGAUUCUGAUGGAAACACUAUAUAUGGUUUUGGUUAUGAUCCUUUCAUUGAUAAUUAUAAGGUUGUUUCUGUUUUUCGCUAUAAUGUAAAUGCUUGUAAAACUGAGGUUAGUGUUUAUACUUUAGGUACUGAUUAUUGGAGAAGGAUUGAGGAUUUUCCGUCUUUGAUGAUUCCUUAUAGUCAACAGGGAAUAUUCGUGAGUGGCACUGUUAAUUGGUUGGCGGAUUAUGAUUUGGAUGAUAAUAAUAGCUUGGGUACUAUUGUUUCUCUUGAUUUGCGGAAAGAAAUUUAUCAAGAGAUUUCACAGCCUGAUUAUGGUGAUGUAACCGUUAAGUUGAGUUUGGGUGCGAUGAGGGAAUGUUUGUGUGUAUUUUCUCAUUCCGACUCUUUUGAUGAUGUUUGGCUUAUGAAGGAAUAUGGAAAUGAAGAGUCUUGGAUUAAAUUGAUCCGGAUUCCUUGCAUUUCUAAUCGUAGUUUGGUUUUUGACAAUGUCAAUAUAUUAUAUGUUUUUGAGGAUGAUAGGCAUGUGCUGCUCUUGCUGGAAGAGAGAUUUAAAUUGAAGUGGGUUGUUUACGAUUCCGAAAAUGGUUUUAUAAAGAGUGCCAAGAGUCAAGACUUUAGUUGGGUAGAAUCAAAAGUCUACGUUGAGAGUUUGCUGUUACCUUAAUUUGAAUAUCAGGACUUGGAUAUAGAUGCUCUGCUAUGUUAUUUGAAGUUGCAAGAUGGGCAUAUGCUGCAUCUGUAGUAGAUGUAGGGUAUGUCUGGAUUUCAAGCAAAACAGAGUGCCAUCGUGCAGCUCAGGAAAAGCUCCCAUUUGCUUCGAGAAGUCACAGUGAAAAUGUCAAGGAAUUGAAGUCAGCAAGCAUAGCUCAUUGCAGUGCCUUGAUUCCAGUUGGAUGUGCUGCUUGUUUGCUUUAGCAACAUCACAAAAAUUUUAUUUGAAGAAAACACUUGUAAAUUCUGGAUGUUACGGUAUGCCAUCAUACAUAACCAUUACUUUGUUUUUAUGGAUUACAGAUUUUAAAAUACUAAGUUUAUCCUUAUUCUUCAUAAUUAUUAUA